CCGCUGCAGGUCGCGUAUCGAUAACUAUACAACGCGUAAUUAAAAUAACGUACGUCAUAAGCAACGCACACACGCAUUUUCUCGUAAAUAGGCGGGAUCUCGCGUGAAAGGCGGGAGGCGGUAACAUGCGUGUGUCAAUAAAUCGUCGCAGUUGGUUUCGGAGCAACGGCAACUAAUUCAGCAGCAAAACCGAAGCUCCGAAGGCAUAUUUAUGCGUCGCUUCGCGCCCGCUAGCUACUCGCGUUACUUAAUUUUAUCAUUCGGGCGUUAACGUGCAGUUGCGUUUCAUGCCUCUACCGAUUCUGAGGGCACCGAUUCAAGGUUCUACUUUCGUAUGCGUGCGUUGCGUGCGCGUGUAUUCACGCCGUAACGUGCGUGCGACGAGGAGUGAUUCGAUUGAAUAUAUUUGUCUCUGUCACUGGGAGACAAAAUUAUCCUCCGAUGGUUUUCAUUUCGGUAUUUCCGCACCUUGCACGCGGUGAACAUAGUUAUUGACGGUGUUUGUGCGCGGACGCUGCUACUCGUCACAACGAAAUCGGACUUCUCGUGCCUGAUAAAUGGUUUAAAAAUAAAUGACUGUCGGUGACUUAUAGGUAUGAUACAGGUGCAUACCCGACGUACAGUAUGUAUUCCGCUACGCAUGUAUGAGUCCCUAUUACGGUAUUUCGCCUCGGUGCACGAGUGAAGUUUCACAUUAAAUAUUGGCUUCUUUCCUGUGCGGUGCACUUUGAAACUCCAAGUUUUUAAACUAACUAUUCACGCGCGGUGACACACGCAGUAACAUACGUAAUUGGGCAUCUUGUCACGAGCAUCGCGUCGUCGUAGCUCGGCGUUUCGCCGAAUUAAAUAUGACGUCUUCGGUUUUUAGACAUAGUGGAAAAUUCAUACGGAUGAAGAUUGAACGCGUUAGCUUUAUCAAAUGAUUUAUUAGUGUGCGUUUUGUUCGAGCAGACUUGCCGUCGACGGUUUACUGCCUACCGCACGGCAAGCAUACCUGGUAACAUAACACAACAUAACCACACUGCGAACAUAACCUCAAAGCGGACAACGACGGAUUCUCUCUGUCCCAGUGGCGGAGAAAAGUUUGGAGAGAAUACGUGUCGCGUCGACGUUUUGUCGUCGUGGGGUAUUUUUAACGCCUAUAUUCAACAAGUCAUUAAAUCCAAGCCUAUAUGUUAUCAGCGGAGAAGUGACGCUGGAAAUUUGUCUCUGCCUAGGAUAUGUUGGCAACGUGGCCUUAAUGUGAAAUGUCCCGCAGCCUGCCGGACAGAGUGGCAGGGCUUUAUUAUGCCCACGGCCUAUUCUGUUCAUCGCAUCCCGUUGCCGUAAUUUCAUUGGCAAUAUCUGUCGUUUUGCUAUGCUGCUAUCCUCUCGUGAAUCUUCCUAUGCCAGGAAAUGCUCCCCGAACAAUAAUAAACCAAACAGAGGUGCCUGUUAACGGUUCGGAAACCCCUGCAUUAUACGUGCAACAAGUAACAUUGAGGGUGGGAGUUGUCCCAUGGACCGAAGACCUCAGCUUGACGGAUGCAUUCAGAGGACCGCUUUAUGAAAUAUUUAAUUUAUUGGAAAUCAUUCGAAACUAUCAGGACCCAGAAACACUAAAGACCCUUGGUCAGGUUUGCCUCCACGUCGAGGCUGUGAAACGAAGAAAUGCCAAAAAACCAGAUGUUCUACCGGAAUACAACUGCCUUGUUUUGUCACCUGCAAAUCUAUGGCAGCAAAGUUUGGAGCUCUUCAAUCAGGACACCAAUCUUAUCAACACUAUUUACUCGUAUCAGAAUCUGCAAAAGAGCAAGAUCAGCCUUGCAGAAAUAAUGUUUGGCAUGAGCCUGAAAGAGACCGGAAUAAAACGUUAUCCUAUUCGCGUCAGGCAACGAGUAAUUCAAUACGCCGUGACAAUUGUUCUCAAAGAACACGAUCCUCGAUUCAUAAAAGGAUUGAAACAUCGACUAACAAUGUACUAUCCUCUUCAUCAGUCGCCAGAUAAAAAUUCAUCAUAUACGCUACCAGUUGACGAGACAUUGCACGUAUUUUAUCCUGGUGAAUUCAAUUACUGCGAUUUCUUUCCGCUUGUCAUGACAUUUUUUGCCUUAUUUUUAUACGUUUAUUUUUCUGUUCGUAAAAUCGAGCUGAUUAAGUCUAAAAUUGGGAUGGCGUUCAGUGCGAGUAUUACAGUCGCUGCUUCCUUAUCAAUGAGCGUUGGAUUGUGUUUCUUUUUCGGAUUGACUCUCAGCCUGAGUGGAAAAGAAAUAUUUCCGUACUUAGUUCUGGUCGUUGGGCUAGAGAACGUACUGGUUCUGACAAAGAGCGUCGUUAGCACACCGGCUCAUCUAGACGUGAAAAUCCGCGUUGCUCAGGGCUUAUCGAAGGAAGGCUGGUCAAUAACUAAGAACCUAUUAACUGAGGUCACUAUCUUGACCAUUGGAUUAUUUACAUUCGUUCCGGCCAUUCAAGAAUUUUGUAUUUUCGCCAUUGUCGGAUUACUGAACGAUUUCUUCCUUCAGAUGGUAUUUUUUUCCACCAUUCUCGCAAUAGACAUCAGGAGAACCGAGCUGUCAAGCGAUACGUCGAGAUUUCAUUUACCAAAUGGUCCAUCGAUGCGUAGACAACAGUUCACAACAUUUCAAAACAAAAAAGGCAACAUGUUUCGCUCCAAAUCACAUCCAAGAUUAAAUGGCCUGGUCAGCAACGGCCCGACAAACGUCGUAGCCCCCAACACUCAAAACACUCCAACGCUUGUAAAGAUACCAAAACGCUUGAGGCUUGUUCAUUUUUGGGCAAGAACAAGGAUUUUUCAAAGAGCAUUCAUGGUUUGGAUGGUAGUUUGGAUCAGCAUGAUCAUAUACAACUCGGGUAUCAUUGAACACCUGAUUAGAUUGAGCGAUCCGUCCAAACACGAAGCUGACAUUGACGGAUAUACGCUUGAUAGGCCACGGACGGUGAAUAAUUACAUCGAAUUCAACACUGUGAAACCUUUAUUCACGUCGUCUUCGACACUUCCGCCAAAUCAUUUGAACGAUCAGAGUCCGUUAUCAAACAAUAUUACCGAAGAGCUCAACAAGUUACGCCCUGUUGAUUUUCCACCCUGGAAUCGUUUGUCGUUGUACCACUGGUCGUCGAUUCAUUCAUUGUACAACAUAUCGCUGGCUGGUGAACAAAUAUCGAUACUUCCUACUAUCAAGCUGGCUCAUGCUGUAAACCCUCAGCUGGCUAGGCAAAUAAGCAAUCCAAAUGACAUACAGCAGUUCCAAUGGCAAAGCCUCGCGACAGCUGCUCUUGACCCCUUGGAUUUUUCAGAUAUGGAAGUACCAACCAGAUCUGAAGGACGAGGCUUUAAUGCUCCUUUUGUGCCAUCUAGUCCGAUGGAAAUAUUUUUGGCAGCUUUGCUAUGCCUGAUCAGUGUAAUAGUCGUCGCUUAUACAAUGGUAGUUCUCUAUCGUUGUAUUUGCAGCAGGAAUUAUGCAGAGUGGCGGGCUAGUUGGCACCAGCAAGAGAAGUCAAACGAUUCCGUGACUCAACUCGUCAUGGAAGCCGUGCCUUUGGUACUGGAAGGUCAUACCCAAGAAGUCGAAUGUAUAGCAACAGACGGAAACACGAUAGCCAGUGUAUGCUUGGCUGGGCAUAUCAGAGUUUGGGAUUCGAUAUCGGGAGAACAAUUGGCUCACAUAGACAGAAAGCAAUUUUUCGGUAACUCCGCAAAGGAUUUGAAUCAGACGAUUCCAGACUCUGAGGAGUUAAUGUCAGAUUACGAGAGCGGUUCCCCUCCAUCCAGGGGCGAGAUGGAAACUGCUAAUUCUUACGGACUGUACUCAAAUCUGAGCGGCGCUCAGGUGAGAAAAAGGAACGAGGGCAUGUCGUACGACGUUAGGCAUUCCCCUGGCUCUUCGCUGGACUACGACUAUCAAAUAAACGAAUAUAGUCCAGAAAAGCAGAGUGAGCUUAUGCGCAGAAGUAUUGACAGUAGCUUUAACUUCCCGGAUUUAAGGUCGACCAUAAACACCAACUUCUCUGCCAUGAAAUAUUCACCCGUUCAAAAGAAUUAUGAACAGGGUUUUGACUUUGGCGAUCGAUAUAAGCAACUGUUCGAGGAGCACAGGAAAUCAAUUGACGAAAUUCAGAAGUCCGAAAUUUCAGAGCGCCUUACUUUACCCAACAAUCGAUUGAACAAUACUGAAUCGAUUAGCAGCGUCAAUUCAUUGGGUACAGAUAAAACGGUACAAAUCACAUCCCAAAACGUAUCCCCAAUUUGGUGCAUCGAUUAUCAAGAAAACCUCAUUGUAGUCGGCUGCGCCAAUGGAAAUUUGGAGUUUUGGGAAGGAACUACUGGUUUGCUCAAGUGUAUAUUUGACGACGGAUCAGGACUUGGAAUAUCUGCAAUUAAGUUUAUCGGCAACAGGGUAGUAGCGGCAAAGUUGAACGGAUCUUUAGAUUUUUUUCAACUUGAAAUAUACAACAGAGGACAGCACAUGGACUGGUGUACAACUUCGUACAGAAGAACACACAACAGAACACGUAGCGCAGGAUCGCCUAUGGAUAUGGAUAAUUUCAUCCCUACCGAAGAUAAUCUGCGCUGUAUGAAAAUUGGCUCCCAUAGAGCACACCAACAGCCCAUUACAGUUCUGGACAGCGAAGGCGGUAGAGUUCUUACCGGUAGUCAGGACCAUACGCUUAAAGUAUAUAGGUUAGAAGAUCAAUUACCCUUGUACACCCUGCACGGUCAUUGCGGGCCUAUAUCGUGCCUCUUCAUUGACAGGGUCAGUCCAAUGACCUCUGGAAGCGGAUCUCAGGAUGGGUUGUUGUGCGUGUGGGACUUGCUGACAGGCGCGUGCAUGUACAGCACGCAAGCUCACGACGGAGCCGUCGCAGCUAUAACUUGCUCUGCUUCGUAUGUAAUUAGUAUAGGAACCGACGAGAGGCUGUGUGUUUGGGAGAGAUUCCAGGGACACUUGUUGCACGCUCUUCCGGCUCACAGGGCUGCCUACAGUCCGCAAUUAGUUAUGCUGACCCAUCACCUGCUCAUUACAAGUAACCAGGGAUGUUUGGUCGUUUGGGACGUGAGGACAGGAGAGGCCGUAAGAGAAGUGAGACUGGGUCACAAAGACAGUUGCAUCUUUGUUAAACAAAUGCUGGCGCUGAGAGACAGUGUGGUUUGCGACUUUAGUCGACAGUUAAGGAUAGUCAGGUUUCCAUUGGUAUACGAUAAGGUAGACUAAGGAUAUGUACAAUGCGGUCUGUACAUAGUGUUAAUUCAUUUUUUUUUUUUUUUUUUUUGUUUUUAAUCAUGUAUAUUACAAAGCGUUUCCAUCGAGAAUGACGGACGUGGCGUCGUUGCAUAUUUCCCUGGAAUUUAUGAAGGACAAUAUUCGAACAUUUUACAUAAAAACAUGAACGAGAACUUAAUGCUUUCGCUCAAAGUAAGAUAUAAAAUCAGUCGGUGGUUUUAUGAUUUUCAGAAGUCUAGCUCGACAGUGAGUUUUUUUAAAUUGCUUCUUUUUUAGUCCACUAUAUUGCUAUUUAAACGGUUUCUUGACUGGGAUUUGUUAAAUUUGAUUACAAAAAGAUUGUGUACCGAAGUUUUGUCUCGGUAGGUGAAAUUAAUUUUUAAUGCUAAUAUGUUGUCCAUUUUUUCCCAAACCCUUGCAAGGCGUAUUUGUCCUUUAAGCGAUUAAAAAAUAUAUACAUAUAUACAGUAGAUAAAUUCGGAUUGAGCAGUCGAUUUCUUAUUAUUUUCGUUUGGAUUACUGCUAAAAACUAAGACUGAUCCAGGUUGCACCAAUUGAAAUCGGCGAUCUUUGUUCCUUAUUCACUAAUCUCUAUUCGAUCGUAAGUGCAUUAAAGUAGAAAAAUUUUUUCUUUUUAUUUCACACAAUCUUGAAUCGUUCGCAAUAUUACGCAUCCGGUAUCACAUCGAUUUAGGUAUAUUUGUACGUAUAUUUAUAAAGAUUUACGUAGUUGAUUUUAGUAAAUGAAACUAUAUAUACAUGUAUACAUUUACACGUACAGGUAUAUCAUAUAUAUUUAUGUACAACUAGAAAUAAUAACAAAUUAACAAUUUAAUAUAUACAUGAUAUUGUAUGUUGCAUUUGCCAAACCGGUGCUGUUCAUAAGAGAAAGAGAGGGAGAGAGUAAGAGAGUGAAAGAAGGUAAAAACAAUUGAGAAUGAAAGACCAAAAAAAAAAAAAAACAACUUAUUUUUACGUAUGAAUGAUAUUUUCAGCGUCAUUUGACUUCAACCAUAACAAAUUUUACAGUAAGUUUAUCGUUGACGUGGUCAAGUAAUUACCAAAUUGUUUCAAGUUUUAAAAUUAUAAAAAUCCUUCACGUCCCCUUAGAGGGACUUGGAUGGUAUUCUGUUAAUGUUAAAUUAAACGUAAUUGACGCUAUUCUCUCAAUGGUCUUAACCGACGAAUCCUCAAAUAUGUUGAUGUUGAAGUCUCUUAUUGUCAGCAUAAAUUUUCCGGUCUCACGAAGUUCAUUGACGAAUGUCCAGUCCUCUUUUCCCCUUUGACAAUUAAUGUAAUAACAUGCAUACCUAAACGAGUGCCUUCGAUUAAACUGUAUUCAUUGUUGUUGUCUUUGCUGCCUAUCAUGUCUCAUGUAUGUUUUGUCUUGGCACAAAUAGAAACAAACACGAAUGGAUCUGUAUUAUCAGUUGUGAGGAUGAAGACGAACAAGUUUCGUCCCGAAUCAUGUGAUUAAUUUCAUUUGUAGAAGAUUUCGCAACACAGAGAAUUGAACGAACAAAAAUUAAAUGCAAAUUUGUUUUUAAAAAACCUAUUUAAGGAAUCGUGGUGUUCAUUCCUAAACCUAUGAUACUUGACGAGUUGGAACAUUAGACACGAGACUUUGAAAGUAGGGUCUACGGAUAUUUUUCUAAUUUUUCUAGUAUGCUAGACAUUCUAAAUGUGAAAUGGCAACCAUAGCUUCAUUUGUGAUGUGAUCCACCUCGGAACUUUGGCGUUAAAAAAUUCACGUAGCCGUGAAUCGAGAUAAAAAUAGAAAUUAUUGUCUCGUACCUGAGGUCAAAGUGCCAUAGUUCAUAAGGAAAGUACUCGAGGUGUAUCUCGCUCGUUUUCAUUAUUCUAUGAUAUGUCGUAGUGUACUGAAAACUUUGGAAACGUUUUUUUAAACGUGCUAAUUCGUUCGUUUAAGGGUAGAAAAAUACCUGGGGUACUUUUCAAGUUACUAGCAUCUUGGAGACAGAGUCACAAAAGCCUUGAGUCUUAACGUGUAGACUGUAGAUUUAUCUAGAGAUCUAAGUAUAAGUAACGGCUAUUUUUUUUUUUUUUUUUUUUCCUUCAAAUUUUCCAUGAAAUAGAAAGGUAUUUUAGAUAUGCUUCAUUAUACAAUUAUAUACGUAUUGAGCCGUAGAAAGUGUCGCUUUGAAGAACGAAAACAGGAAAACAGGCGUGACAACAGCGACAUUUUCAUAUUCAUGCCAAACAAACAUCGUAAAGGCAUCAUUAUGACAGCUAAGAUAAGAAGCGUCAAGAAUUUUACACAAAGCAGAAGGGAAUUCGAAAAUAUCGAAUUCGAUACGUUGAUACGAUACAGGUAUUA